AUGGAAGAGUUCCUCGCUGCCGCCAAGGGCGGAGUGACCUCGAUUUCAGGAGAUCAGUGGGUAGCCAUCCUGCGACGCUUCUCAACCGCUCACGAAGGGACCUGGGCGGUGAGUCCUCUCUGUGGGCUUGACAACAAGCGGAUUCUCGUGCGAGUGGUGGUGGAGCUUCUCCACCAUACCGUUGGGUUGAAUGGGAGGCACAGGAGCCGAACUCUUGGUCCGGGAGUGGAGGCUGAGGCACUGUUGGCGGCUCGGAUACUGCUGAGAGAGAGGGGAGGAGCUGAGCGACUCAUGGACCAGGAGGCUCUCGAGACCUACACCAAGGCUGCCCAGGAGGAUGGCGACGCGGCCUGUGGGUUCCGCGUGAGCUUAAUGGCCCUGAAGUGCCUCAACAAUGCCGUGUGGGACCAGCCGAAAGGGCAGAUCUCCUUCGUGCAGCUGGGGGGACUGGACAUGCUGGUCGGUCUGCUGCAGGUCCUAGCUGGCUGCGUUCGGUGCACGUAUCCGCCGUUUCCGGGAGGCGAGGACCGUUUGAAGCUCAUGGUGCAAGCGUUACAGGGCCUCUUUCUUCUGGGCGUCCGAUUCACACCAGAGGAGAAGAAGAAAACUUUGGAAGGAGAAACCAUGAAGCGGCUCGGGUACGUGCUGGUGGACAUCUUGCAUUUGGACCAUGCAGAGCUCAACGUCUUCAUGGCCAAGCUACAAGUGCUGAACUUGCUGCUAGACAUGCCUGGUGGCUUUGCGGAGGUGCUGCUUGAGCAUGGCUGUCUCCCUCGAGUUGUUCAGCUCGUGGAGCUACAGCUUGUGCGACAAGAGUUCCAGGAUGGCGGUGUCGACGCAGCCGCUGAGCUUACCCCUGGACUGCUGGUGCUGAAUAGGAUGGUGCUGGCAUCGGAAGAGUCCAAGAUGGCCGUGAAGAGAGCUAUAUUUCCCCCCGAGGCUGAUAAGGUGUGGAAGCAGAGGCUGGAGCGAGAGAAGAGAAAGCUCGCAUCUCUGACAGGCGACGACUACAAGAGUGCCGAAAAACUCAGCAAGGACAAGAGGGUUCACCCCGUGGACGCGCCGAAGGGGACGCUUAGAGCCAGGCUCCUGAAGCAGAUGACGGCAACAGAGUCCUCCUCGAAAACGGCAGUGUCCGAUCUGCUGUUCAAUCUCUGCGCAGACGAAGAAGAGUUCAUCACAAGGUGCGGCUUUGGGAACGCCGUCAACACCCUCAGGCUCAGAGGGAUGAUUUCGGUGCCUGGCAUAGGAUGAGUUGGUGCCAAGGGACUGUCAAAACGUCUGUUGGGUUGCAGAGGGGGGAGAAGUCACGGGCGUCUCUAGCUGCAUUUGCAAGCAGCGUGGCCACGCAGCCGGUGUUUGAUAUUGUAUCUAACUUGCGCGCUGUCAUCUCUAACUGCUAGUAGUUUUAGCAAGUAGAUGCACGCUUAUACCCGGUUGAAGUUAAUCAAGAGUGGGACCGACACACCACGAACGUUGUGUCUUGCAUAGCGGUGUCACGGUUGUCCGGGUAGACUAUGUGGACUAACGUACCGUGGUAGUCUUUGUAACCAAGAUCUGACUAGACCACCGAGGGGGACAACACACGAGGAAACAAGCGAAGAGUCCAAAAUGGACUGCGGUCCAAACUGGGCGUGGGGGUUAACAGACUGUCCACUGCUGUGGAUGCCUAUUAUACGAAGGUUACAUAGAGCAGCGGCAGUGCUUCGACUUACAAAGUAGACAUACUAGUCUAUAGUAAGAUUGUCCACUUCGUUUGAAGUGAUCUUUCAGCAUGACGGCUUUUAUGCGGCACAGCAGUACUCUGUUAAUUUACAAGAAGCUGGGGGGGCGCUGCCAAAACACCGAUAUGUGGCAGCCAAUACCGGCCCUCCGAGAUGUCUUACAAUGUAGGGUGAUUUGCGGACAUUUUAUCUGGACACCGCCGUAUCACGAUAUGA